CACUAUCUUACUUAGUGUUCGAUUCGAGACUACGUUUACAUUAUUUGUUCGUUAAAGACGAAUGAUAAUUAGUCUUUUGAGUUUAUUGUUUAAUGUUAAAUGUUGAGUGUUGACUACUAAUCACUCUAUAAUUUACUAUAUGACUGCAAUUCGCAACUCAGUACUCUGUAUUAACGCUGUCGUUCGUUUACCGACCAAACCGAUUGAAACUAAAGUUAAAAUUGUCGGACGUAAUUCUAAUACGAAUUUGGAAACAAUGCUGUGCCACAUCACACGUUCGGCGGUGUGACAUCGUUGACGUAAUUGACAGUCCUAGGCGCCUUUUUUGACUUAGUGAGACGUUGAAAUUGUUUUUGACGUCAUAACAUUAAGCUCGUAUGUAAUAGUUACUCGUGUUUAAAAUAUGUCAUUUGACAUUAGGUGUACUGGUUUGAGACUUCAUGAACUAUAAAUCCCUUGACUUUGAGAUUAGAUAUUAACAAAGUUAUCUUGAUUCAAUCGCAUUUGAGGUGGUUAUGUGGUCGGAUCCAUCGUCAACAAACAUGGCUUAUGGAAAUCAAUGGAUGAAUAUGAAUCCUGCUAUGUAUAAAAACAUGACAAAUGAACAAGUGGACUGGGCGAGUUUGGCUCAACAAUGGAUCAAAAUGAAAGAAACUCCACCCACAAUGCCCCCUGGACAACAAGUUAGGAUUCCGACUUCUGAACACACUUUGCCUAGCCUGCAUGUACUACCUCAGAAUCCUUCAAACGUAGCAGCAGCAGCAGCAACAAAUAAAACAUUUAGUGAUCAUAAUAUUGCCAGUCCAGUUACACGAAAUAAUAUUGAAAAACCUAGUGCUUGGAAUACGUGGACUUGGCAGCAACAACAACAAUGGAAUUGGAAUUGGGCAUCUUCUUCAACAACUCAACCAACUAAAGCACCUAUUAUGGAUUCAGUUAAUCCACUUAGACCCCCUUUCAUUACACCUCCUAUAUUAUCUGAACCACCUCCAUCUUUCCCUAUGAUGACACCAAACAAACCAUUUCUACCCAAUAAUUAUUGGGCAGGACCCAAUACUAGUGUUCCUCCGCCUACUGAACCAGAUCAAUGGAGUAAACUUAAUAUGAUUCCCAAUGUAGAUGAUAGAACUCAAGAUCCAUCAUUUAUGGAUGCAGCAAAACGAAAGCAAUUACCUGCUUGGAUUCGUGAGGGACUAGAAAAAAUGGAAAGAGAAAAACGAAGAAAAAUUGAGCAAGAACAGUCUUUUAGCGAACCUGAUUAUUCUAGUUACACAAAUGAAAAUGUUACUCAAGAAGUGCCCAAUUCACCCAAUAAUUUUGACCAUGAAGCGCAAAUGGUUGAUGUUGAUGAUAUUGAACCGGUUUCUUCUGAUUAUAUAAAUGAUACUGAACCCAGGAAAACUGAGUAUGUGAAAAAUGACCCAACACCUCUCAUUCCACGUAAGACUAAAGCUCAAAUCUGGGAAGAUACGAUGUUAAGUCUACGGAAAAUUCUAACAAAAUUGUUAAUGGAUGUUACUAAUGAUAUGAUGUUAAAUAUAGUUAAAGAUGUGCUGAAAACUACUUCACAAACAGGGCUUGGAGUUUAUGGUUCAGAAUCUGGAUCAUCUGAUGAAAGUGAUGGAGAACAGAAAAUAUAUGGUCAUAGACAAUUAAAACCUGAUUCUGAUGAAGCUAUUCAAGAAAGAAUAUUGAAACGUCAACGUGAGUUCAGUUAUAUUGAAGCAAGAAUACUCAUAGAAUUGGAUCAGCUAGAAGACCGAGAAAAACUUGUGAGAUCUAAAUUUGAUAAUAGUAUCAAACUCAGUGGGGAUACUAAUGAUAAUGGUAGUCAGGUAGUGGAAAACAUUCAGACAAAAGGGCGUACUGAGGAUGAAGGAUCAAGCCAGAAGAUGGUCAAGGGACAUGAUAAAAUCAAAAAAGAAUUAUCUAAUGAUUUGAAUAUAAAAAAUGGACAAAAAAAAAAGAAAUCUAAAUCCAAAAGAUCAUCAAGUUCUUAUUCAUCAAGCAGUAGUAGUGUUAGUAAGAAGAGCGAUAGUACUAAUUAUAAAAACAGAAAUAAGAAAAGCGAUAAAAUUAAAUCAAAAUCUUCAAACAGCAAAACUAAAGCAGAAAAGAAAAAGCGAAGAUCGCGUUCUAGAAAUAGAAGUAGAUCUCAUUCAAUAUCAAAGAGUAGUAGGUCGCAUUCAAGAUAUAGGAGUAGGUCACAUUCAAGACAUUACGAUAGAAGAUCUCCACAUAAUUUUAGAUCAAGAAGAAGUCGAUCGCCGGUAUCACGUCACUCAUAUUCCAGAAAGCACAAAACGAAACGAAAUAGUUCUUCUAGUUCAAAUGAAUCGAAAAGUAAAAAACAACGUUACAGACGAUAAUAUUCUGGUCAAGUAUAAUUUAAAAGGUUAAAAUUCUUAAUAAUUAUUUUAUUUAUACUGACUUAUUAAAUUAAUUA